GGAGCAGAGGUUAAUCUCCUGGAUGUCUCUGGGUGGAGUGCCCUGCAUAUGGCGGCCUGCGAUGGAACGGCAGAAGUAGUGACUUGGCUGCUGCAACAUGGGGCUUCUGUGCACGUGAGGGACAAGCAGGGACAGACGCCGUUGAAAGUGGCUGUGGAAAACGAUCACCAUAAGGCAUGCACAGUGGGAUCCGAAGAAUGCGUCAAGUUCCUCCUGGAGGCGGGCGUCCCCACGAAUGCCCGUGACCGCACUGACCUGACCCCGGCCAUGUGCGCACAAGUGAAUAACCACGAUCACUUGGCGCGGAUGAUUGACGAACAGGAGGAGUAG